AUGCCACCCACCACCAACGGACCAGUAAUUCCCCGCGCGAAACGUAACGCUGCUGGUGAGGAUGUAUCAAUAGCAGUGAUUUUAUCGAAUCAGAGGCGUGAGUUUGUGAACACUAGCUCAAAUGCGAUCGCUCUACGCUACGAGCCACAUGGAAUCUGGGGAGAGGGUCAGCUUGCCUCGUUCAAGAAACGUAGCGGACAGGAGAAACUGGCUCUUAGAGCUGAGGAUAUUCGUCGGUCCGCCAUCAGUCCUCCCUUUAGAGUCGAGGCCCUAGAGAAGGUUGCUGCAGCAGAGCUCAGCGAGGCGUUGGAUCUAAUCACCGAGUUACACGACCCCGCCCUCUUCUACGACCAUAUCAGCAACACCAUUGCUUCUCGUCCAAACCUCAAUCCAGACCGCUUAGCCGCACCGUUUGUAGCUAAAACCAUUGCAUCCGAGGUACACAACGCCUAUCUGGUAGCCGCGUCUUGGAAGGUCAUCGUGAAUGUUCUCGUCGAGGUCCGCCAGCGUGGACUCAAAGACGCGAAUGUGCGCAAAACUGUUCUUGGCAACUCCGGAAUCCGCGAUGCGUACCUCCUCGUCGUGGAUACUGUCGAUAUGUUGUGCUCGCUGGCUCAGCAGAAGCUUAGUAUAUCCAUUGUUGGGUCCAACGAGUUUGGGCAUUUGUUCAGUGGGAGCCGAACUGCAAAGUCAUUUUCCACAGCGGAUGCAACCGCCAUUCGGGCUCUACACCGUUCCCUCAUCGACACAAUCAUCGUCGAGCUAGUCCUACCCAACUCUCGAUACGAACCUCAUAUCCUGGUCGCAGUCUUGAGAGAUGCGCUAGAGACGACGCCCAAGGAGGGGACAAAUAAGUUUUCUCAGGGUGUGUUCGAUGCCCUCGGAAACUUCGCCGCCUUGAUCGAAUUCAAGGACAUACUUCUUGGUCCUCUCCAUGGCGAAGAGGGUGCAAAGGUUCUCAAAAUGCCGAGGAAGGAAGCUGCUGGGGAGAUCAACGAGUUUUUCGAUGCCAUCAAUCUCAGUCUCAAGGCGUCCUCGCUAAGCUCUCGAUGGCAAAGCUGGGCAUUCCCGCUCGAUAAGACAAGGAGCAAGGACAAGUUGGAUGAGCUAUGGAAGCACAUCAAUACGGUUUACUACGACGUCACCGAUGAGACCCACACUGUUGACAGCCUAUGGCGCCUAGAGGACGAACUUGAUUGCAAACCUUCAUACUCAACGUGGUAUAUUCCCGACUGUGCCGCCUAUGGUGGAGAGGUGUCGAGUGAAGACGAGAAAUUGAUAUUCCCCGGAGAUCCGAAAAGAAAACAGGGAAAGAAUGCUCUAGCUCGUUCAAAGAAACGUCCAGGAGGCAUGUCUAGGUCCAGGGCGGCAAUCAUGUUGGGUGAUGCUGAAGAGGAGAAUUUCAAUGACAUGCCAGACUUGAUGCUCGUUGUGUCCUCUGACGACGAUGAGAUGCCACUCUACACGGACGAAGGGACCUCGGAAGAGAGCGAAGGGGAUGAGUCUUCCGAAGAAGAAGAGCUUGUUGACGAAGAAGAGAGCGAAUACGAGGGCAACGAGAUUCGGACCAUGGAGGCAUUAGUAGCAGAAGCUGUGGAGGAGUUUCACAUCCGAGGCAACAAGCUGCCUGCAUGGACACAAGAAACUGAGGACAGCCAAGGUACAGAUUCGUCCGCCGAAGGAUCAUUGAAGUCGAAUCCAAUUCUCAAGAUGCUGCGUUCGUACAUUGGGCGUGUGUUCGAGACGGAUCCUACAUUCAAGCCGCAGAAGUUGGGCGAGAGGCCUGUUUUUGGCCCUCCGAGACCUCCGCCCAGAUUGCAGGAAGGGCUCUCAACGUCAAUAAAACCACUGAGGGACUCACCUGAAGCAAUAUCUAGUGCCUUGGUAGGAAUGACGGUGGAGGAUGCCGAGGACGAGGACGAUCUCAAGGCAGAUGAGGAAAAGAAGAAGAAGAAGAAAUCUAAGAAGAAGAAGAAGAAGAAAUCUACGGCAGAGGAAAGCCAAGAGAUCAAGCAAAUCCUCGAGGAGGCAGACACCGUUACACCAAUGACCCCUCCCAUCCCUACUGUGACGACACCGAAUAGUUCGACAUUCUCACCAGCCUUCACGUCUCCCAAGGAGUCUCGAACAUCGUCAGAUAUAGGCGCCUCGACUAUCCCCUUGCCAAUAGCCCCCACUACGGCUCGGUCUGCACACUCGUACAUGGUAAACGAAAAGAAGCCUGCAAAGGCCAAAUUGAAGACCCGUGGGGAGCCUGCUCCUCAGGGAGGAGAGGUUCCCAAAGCGAAGAAAGGUUUCUUCUCCAAGUUUGGUGGCGCUAAAGUCAAGGCUGAGCAGAAGGAGCCAGUAUCGGGGCAAAAGACCGAAGGAAGCAAUCUAUUUGGGAAGAUUGGUGUCUUCCACUUGCCUAAAAGAGCCAACAAGCUCAUCGGUCGUCUUCUUGGAUCCAAAGACGAUGAGACCAAGGGACAGUCGAGCAUGCGCUGGGAUGACUUUAUCAAGGUCAUGACUCUUAUGGGCUUCAAGGUGGACAAAGGCGCACAAGGAUCUCGGGUCACUUUCUACCCCCCUGACAGCAAGGACACGCCUAUCGUGCUCCAUAAACCUCACCCUGAUCCCACAAUUAAUCCAGUCAUGCUCAAGCGGAUCUCCAAACGCUUGAAGCGGCACUAUGGGUGGCACGAGGACCACUUUGAUCAGGCGAAAGCUCAAGCUGGGUUUACCAACGACAACGGGCUAGAUUAA